CGCCAGAUGAAGUGGAGAUGAACGCGAAGAGAUCUCGGCGAAGAUGAGUGCUUUCCUGCUGUUGCUGACACUUAUUCCAGUCGUCAUCUGUGAAGAUCUGCAGCGUCCGCACAACGUGAGCAUCACCAGGAGCAGCAACCGCUCCCUCUUCAUCGCAUCUCUGGCUGACUCCCACCACUACCACGACCCUUCCAUCAGCGUCCAUUGGCAGAGCACAGUCGCCAUUUCAGCUCGUCACCAUCGAACCACCUCAUGCGUCACACAGCAUCAUCAGCAAGCGGACGAACGAGAGGCGAGCAGCAGCGGCAAUAGCACUGUCGCCCACGUGGCUGAGCGGCAUCAUCAUGACGCCGCGAACAACCUCUGCAAGGGUGGAAUGCGAUGUGACGCCACUACGGCCAAUCGGACUCAUCACCGGCAAGAGAAUGAUGCAAGUGGCGUCACGACUGCGGCCAAUCUGAGUAUUGGGGAUCGCAACAGCACACCUGAGGGGAGGGUUGGCAUAUGGGGCAAGGUGCUUCGGGCCGUGGGGUUUGGCUAUCGUGUUGUCAACGCGACGCACAGUCUGCGGCAGGCUGCGAUGCGUGAAGGAGGUAUGUGAAUAAAUACGGCACGGCAACAGUUAAUUGUCCAUGUGUUCCUUCCUCCUUUCUGCCCGCUCUGCUACUGGCGCUUCUCAGUCAGCCUGCUGCGCAAUACGACGAGGGAUGACCGGCGGAACACAUCGACGCCGAUCGAGUCUUCCGCACAGAAGCGGCCGUCGGCGACAGUGCUGCGAGAGCACAACCACACGCACAAGUGGAUGCUGCUGCUAGAGGUCAGUGAGAGCCAGCCAGCCAGCCAAACCCACCUGUCUGGUGCUCGUGCGCGCGUGUGUGCAGGGGAGUGUGGCUGCGAGUUUGGUCAUCGCAUCGCUCAUAGUCUGCAUAUACUCAUCGGCCGUGGCAGCCGUGUUCCGAGAACGGCACGACGCUGCCCGAGCGGCGUAUAAUAACGCUGGUCCUGACAGCGGGCAACAACACCUGAUAGCCCGGCAAUCGAUGGGCACGUCUGUGUCGACAACCACACCUAGGGGCUCUGACUCAUGACGACUGAUAGAUCUUUGGAUGGAUGGAUGGCGGGAGGGCGCUAUGUCUGUCUGUCUGUAUGAGUAUGAGAGUGUACAUAAGAAUACAUGAAAG